AGGUCAAUAAUGUGUGGUUUAUACUCGCCCUAAGCGACUGGCAGUACAUCUAUUCUAAGAUCCCGAAUUACAGACGAUAGUGUUCUUUGUCGAUACGAAAGUCAUGAAUAACAUAAACAAACCAGCGAUUUUUGGCCUAACAUGAUACAUCAAAAAUAUCCUGACAGUUCACACCUGUGUACUGCAAUCUUUUAUUGAAUAUAUAAUUCUAAAUACGAGUUACCAAAAAAAAAUAGCAAAACCAUGUCUUCAAUGGGUUCCAGAGCACCAAACAGGCGAGACACAAAAAUGAGAAUUAGAGCAUUCCCAAUGACUAUGGAUGAGAAGUAUGUAAACAACAUUUGGUCAUUAUUGAAAAAUGCCAUUCAGGAAAUUCAGAAAAAAAAUAACAGUGGUCUUAGCUUUGAGGAACUUUAUCGCAAUGCCUACACAAUGGUUCUUCAUAAACAUGGGGAAAAAUUGUAUACAGGUCUUCGAGAUGUUGUCACAGAUCACCUUAUUGGCAAGGUUCGAGAGGAUGUUUUACAAGCACUAAAUAACAACUUUCUUCAGACCCUAAAUGCAGCUUGGAAUGACCAUCAAACAUCCAUGGUCAUGAUCAGAGAUAUCUUAAUGUACAUGGACCGAGUAUAUGUACAACAAAACAACGUUGAAAAUGUUUAUAAUUUGGGUCUGAUCAUCUUUCGGGACCAAGUAGUUCGGCACCCUUCUAUUAGAGAUCAUCUCCGUUCUACAUUGUUAGAAAUGGUUGCAAAGGAACGCAAAGGAGAAGUUGUUGAUAGGGGAGCUGUUAAAAACGCUUGUCAGAUGUUAAUGGUACUUGGCAUUGACUCAAGGGGAGUGUACGAAGAGGACUUUGAGCAGCCUUUCCUCGAUCAGUCUGCAGAUUUUUAUAGGCUGGAGAGCCAGAAAUUUUUAGCAGAAAACUCUGCCUCUGUUUACAUCAAGAAAGUUGAAGCCCGAAUCAAUGAAGAAGCUGAAAGAGCUAAGCAUUAUCUGGACAAAACUACAGAGGAACCCGUUGUCAAAGUUCUUGAAACAGAACUUAUAAGUAAACACAUGAAAACUAUUGUAGAGAUGGAAAAUUCUGGUGUGGUUCAUAUGCUGGAAAAUAAUAAAACUGAAGAUCUUGCUUGUAUGUAUAAACUGUUUAUCAGAGUAGCCAAUGGGUUGAAGACUAUGAGUGACUGUAUUAGUAAAUAUCUGCGGGAACAGGGCAGGGCUCUAGUCAGUGAAGAGGGAGAGGAGAGCAAAAAUGCAAUAACUUACGUGCAGAAUCUUCUGGAUCUCAAGGAUCGCUUCGGCCAUUUCCUCCAUGAAUCUUUCAGUGAUGACAAGCUGUUUAAACAGAUGAUCUCAGGGGACUUUGAAUAUUUCAUUAACCUGAAUCCCAAAUCUCCAGAAUACCUCUCACUUUUCGUUGAUGACAAGCUUAAAAAAGGUGUCAAAGGGAUGACAGAGCAAGAAAUAGAAAAUGUCUUAGAUAAAAGCAUGGUUCUGUUUCGUUAUCUUCAAGAAAAAGAUGUUUUUGAGCGCUACUACAAGCAGCAUUUGGCUAGGAGACUUUUGCUGAACAAGAGUGGCUCUGAUGACUCAGAGAAGAACAUGAUCUCUAAGCUGAAGACUGAAUGUGGUUGCCAGUUCACUUCCAAGCUGGAAGGUAUGUUUAAGGAUAUGGCAUUAUCCAGCACGUUACAAGAAGACUUCAAGACCUACUGUAACACAACUAAUAGGGUGCCUCUCUUUGGUGUUGAUCUUACUGUUAGGGUCUUAACCACGGGCUACUGGCCCACACAAACAGCUACGCCAAUCAAUAUACCCGCUGAGCCUAGGGCAGCAUUUGAAGCUUUUAGAGUUUUUUACCUCAGUAAACACAGUGGCCGCCAGUUGUCCUUACAGCCACAUUUAGGAUCAGCUGAUCUGCAUGCCAGCUUUGCUGGAGCAAAGCGUGAUGAGACAGACAGUGGUCCUGCCAGCUCAGCCAAGGGAAUAAGAAAGCAUAUCCUGCAGGUCUCCACGUAUCAGAUGUGUGUGCUUGUUCUUUUUAACAUUAAAGAGAAAUGGACUUUUGAAGAAAUAAAGAACGAGACUGAUAUGCCAGAAAGAGAACUGACAAGAGCAUUGCAGUCUUUAGCUGUUGGUAAAAUAGGACAAAGGGUUUUGCAGAAAGAGCCAAAAACUAAAGAUAUAGAGGCAACACAUACUUUUACAGUCAAUGAUCAAUUCUCCUCGAAGCUCGUCCGUGUGAAAAUCCAAAUGGUGGCCUCCAACAAAGGUGAAGCAGAGCCUGAGAGAAGAGAAACAAGGAAUAAAGUAGAUGAGGACAGGAAACAUGAGAUUGAGGCAGCUCUUGUAAGAAUAAUGAAGGCUCGGAAGAAGCUUCAGCACAACUCUUUAGUGGCUGAGUGUACAGACAUGCUGAGACCUCGCUUUUUGCCUAGUCCAGUGGUGAUCAAGAAAAGGAUUGAAGGUUUAAUAGAGAGAGAAUAUCUAGCUAGAGCUGCAGAAGACAGAAAAAUCUACACGUAUGUUGCCUAAAUGUUCUGGUCUAACCUGCUCAAUAAGACAGUACUUGGCAGAGGAUACGCUUAGCUGAAUGGGUGCACACAGCCAGACACUGUCAUCUAGUUGCUACAAUCAUCUCUUUGAAUCCUUCUACAUUUUUACUCUCACUCAUUUCAAGUAGAAACAAAAAUAAUUUGCUUCCUUGUGAAGCCAUCAGUCUCACUGCCUCAGUGUGUGUCUACAACUUGUGCAUUUAUUACACACAGUGCUCCCACAAUUGUAUGUGUGAGUUGAGAUCUUUCUCUUCUGCCUUACCAUCAGUACCAGAAAUAGGGAGCUCAUUUUAUUGUGUGGUAUUGACUGGUCAGUAGUGGCUAUUUUAAUUUUCAUUUUAUUUCCCAUCCAUUCCUUACACUAUUAACAUGUUACUGGCUGUAGCUUGACACUACCAGUAACAUGUUACUGGCUGUAGCUUGACACUACCAGUAACAUGUUACUGGCUGUAGCUUGACACUACUAGUAACAUGUUACUGGCUGUAGCUUGACACUACCAGUAACAUGUUACUGGCUGUAGCUUGACACUACCAGUAACAUGCUACUGGCUGUAGCUUGACACUACCAGUAACAUGUUACUGGCUGUAGCUUGACACUACCAGUAUUAUGUUACUGGCUGUAGCUUGACACUACCAGUAACAUGUUACUGGCUGUAGCUUGAUGGGUUACAUUAGACUAGGAAAUACAGUGGUUCAUGUCUAUAGUUGAAACAAUUUUGUUUAGUAGAUGCUUGUGUAUCGUUGUCAUGGUAAUGAUAGAACAUGGUUGGGUUAUAACACCAGGUUCGCAAGUACGUUUAUCUUAUGUAUUUUCAAUUAAUUUUUUCUCGGCAUUUCACCAAGGUUCAUCACUGGUUUUGUUUCUUCCCCACCCCCUUCCCUCUACAAGUGUGCAUUGUUUAUGAAUGGCACCAGCAAUGUCCUUACAGAGAUGGAACUCAUAUAUUUUGUCUGUGGUCAGGUCUAAGACAACACUAGUGAAAACUUGUAUGGAUGUCCAACUGUACAUUUGUGUCUAUGGUCAAGUUUCAUGUCAGUGUUUAGGGAUGUGUUUAUCUGUGAAUGAACCACUGCUCUUCUCAUCAGUUUGGGAACCACUGGCUACCUAUUGCAGUAAUCAUGAGUUUUUUAAUAUGGUAAUUUUAAGUAUUCUUAGUAAUGUUGCCAAAAUUUGUUUUUAAAGUGUUGAAAUUUUAGAAAAAUACUGAGUUAACUUCGUCCCCAUUGGGAAAUGUGUGAACCAUUUAUGUACUGCAUCUUGUUUGGUAGCAUACUUUGACUUUCUAUAUGAGUGGAUGAGUAUAGCUGGAGUUUUGUUUGGAUGAUUCUGUCUUAAAUUAAAUGUAUAUACUUUCAUUGGGCAAUAGACCCUUCCCCUGCCUCUUAUCUUGUUCAAGAUUUACUUAGAAGAAAAUAAAAUUUAUUGCAGAUUAUAAAAAUCUUUUUAUUUGGUCUAAAUGUGCUUAAGAUAUUGGCAGAUGAGGAUUGUGUAUAUAUUAUAUAUAUUUUCAUGAGGUUUGCGCAUGGUUGUGUAUAAAGAAAAUGUAUGUGGAUAACUUGCUUGUAGAUGUGUUAGGACAGGAGUGAUGGUUCCUGCCCUCACCAACCGCUACGUGUGUGUACAAGUUCACUGAAUCUCUUUUAUAAUUGAUUGAACAGAGACAGAGAAUUUGGUCACACACGUUGGUUUAUUGUCCAUGCACAGUCCUAUUUAAUAUUUGUUCAGAAAAUAAACAAUUCAUUACAUG